AUGGUUAAAAUCAGGAAAAAGGAGCCCAUGAAGAAGCGUCUCACCCGCAAGGAGCAGCGCAAACAGAAACAGGAGGUGAAGAAAACCCACAAGAGGCUCUACCAUGCGGGAAAAACAAACGGUACACAGCGCGUGGUCGCUGCGGAAGCGGCCGCGCAGUCGUCAAAGGGCGGCCGAGAGAAGAAGAAGAAGAAGAGGAGAGCGAAAGUGAAUCCCGAGGAGAUUCCCGUGGAACAGCUGCUGUCUGGGGAAGUGGACGCGGAUGAUGACGAAUCCAUUGCCUCGGACUUCAGCGAUGCCGAGGUAGAUGCCCUCCUUCCCGCCAGCAGAAAGGUGGAGACCUAUGAACCGCUGGGAAAGAAGCCGAAGGUGCAGCGCGGCGCCAUCCAGCGCCAGGAUGAGAUGGAGGUGCGCAGACGUGAGCUGCGACAGCAGAAGGAGCUGCAGGGCAAGGCCCGCAAGCAGCGGGUGAAGCAGCUAAAGGUCGACAAUGAGGAGGAGGACCGGGAGAUCGCCAAGCUGGAGAAGAAGCUGAAGCUCAACAAAAGCAAGGACAAGAAUCGUUUGGUCCGCAAGAUGUUCAACGAUGGCUUGGAUUACCUGCUGGACUUUUGCCUGGACGAUGAUGAGGAGAAGCAAAAGUGGGAGGAAAAGCAGGAGAGAAAGCGCCAGAUGAAAGAGCAGCAGGAGAGGGAAGAGGCGGGCAUGUGGAGUGACGAGGAUGAAGGUGAAGACGAGGAAAUGAAGCUGCCAGAAGGCGACGGCGACAGUGAAUCGGAAGGAGCAGAGGAGAGCGAAACGGAUGAUUCCGAAGAGGAGUACAGCGAAGAAGACGAUGAAGACCAGCAGGAGGAUGAGCAGCCGUCCAAAUUCAAGGAAGACAUCUAUGGCCGAAAACGCGACGCCGAGGGCAACAUACUGCCCGAUCCCAUCGAACAGGAGGCCACAGCCGCCGGCCAGAAGUACAUACCGCCGCAUCAGCGUGCCCUAAUGGCAGCAGCCAGUGCCGGCACAAACGAAAAGCAGGCCGAGAUCCUGGCACGCCUCCUCAAACAAUGCAAGGGUCUGCUGAAUCGUUUGUCCGAGGCCAAUCUCCACAAGAUUGCCGUCGGCAUUGAGGCCCUCUACAUGAAGAACUCCCGCUACAACAUGAACGAGACGCUCACAAGGCUGCUGCAGGAGGCGUUGCUGGGACCGACACGCACCCAGGAGCGCAUGGUCCAAGAGCAUAUGGUGCUGCUGGCGUAUCUGCACGCGCAAAUCGGCAGCGAGAUUGGCGCACACUUUCUGCAGACCUUUGUGGAGCUCUUUGACGGGCAUCUGAAGGAUGGGCAUCUGGCCAGCCUGGCAGUGGAGGACAAGCAGCUGAACAACGUUGUGCUGCUCCUCUGUUACAUGUACAUCUUCAAGAUCUACGAACUGAGUCUGCUGAUGGAGCUGAUCGGUCGCCUGGCCGACAACCUCUGCGAGAAGACAGUCGAAUGUCUGCUGCUGAUCUUCCAGUCGAUAGGGUUCCGCCUGCGCAAGGACGAUCCGUUGGCCUUCAAGACCAUGAUGCAGAAUGUUCAGUCAAAGAUUGCCGCCGCACCGCUCGAACUCAAGGAGAAUCCCCGCCUGCGCUUCAUGGUGGACAUACUGAAUGCCGUGAAGAACAACAACAUGAACAAGCUGCCCCAAUACGACCCCGAGCUGGCGGAGAACCUGCGCAAGCGGCUCAAGGCCAUGCUGAAGAACGAUCGCUAUGUUGUGACCCUCAACAUCGCGCUGGCGGAUCUGCUGCGCGCCGACAAGGUGGGCAAAUGGUGGAUUGUGGGCUCUGCCUGGACGGGGAACCUCAACGAAAUGGGCACGGCAUCCAAGCAGAAGCCGAACCAGUCGGGAUCCUCUGCGGGAUUUGCCGAUCAACUGCUGGAGCUGGCCAAAAAGCAGCAGAUGAACACAGCCGAGCGAAGGAAUAUCUUCUGCAUCAUCAUGAGUGCCGCCGACUACGUGGAUGCCUUCGAGAAGAUCCUCCACUUGUCGCUAAAGGAUCAGCGCGCGGUGGCUUAUGUGAUCAUACAUUGCGCCCUCAACGAGCGCCGCGCGAAUCCCUACUAUGCGCAUUUGGCCCUCAAAUUCUGUCAGUACAAUCGAAAGUACCAGCUGGCGUUUCAAUUUGCCACCUGGGAUCGCAUCAACGACAUUGAAUCGCUGUCGAAGGCGCAGAUCCGCAAUCUUGCCAGCUUUCUGCAGCAGUUGAUACUCUCCGCGGGGCUGCAGUUGUCUGUGCUCAAAGUGGUUGACUUUAUGCAGCUGGAGAGGCUUAGUUUCUUCUUCAUGCGCGAGAUCAUGGUGAAGCUGCUACUCGCCAGCGACGAGCGAGAGCUGCAGCAGUCGUUCGAGCGCAUUGCCAAGAACUCCAAGCUGCAGCAGUUCAAGCAGAGCAUUCGUCUGUUCAUGCAGCACUUUCUGCUGCAGGAGGAGCAGCUGUCGAAGCUCAAGCUGAAGGAAGAGCAGCAGGAGCUGCUGCAGCAGCGCGUGGAUCUGAUGGACAAGCUCUUGGCCUACGUGGACUUGUAAUUUACAAAAUAGAAAGAGUUUUAUUUAUUAAAUUCUAGAGAAAAAACACUAA